GCUACUGUUUGCACUUUCAUAAUAAACCCAUAAAAAAUGUUGUUGGUGUUUUUACUGAGUCACAGACAAUCGGCAACUGUAUUUUUAUUCAACGUCUGAUUUAUAUCAAAAUCUUAUCAGUUGACGGUUAAUGUUCGGUUAACGAGCGUCGGUUGAGAAAAUGAUCCGAAAUGAACAUCCCUAGUGUAUACACAUUGCAUUACAUCUAAAACAAACGAUAAUAUUUGCUUUAGCCGUGUCAUAUGACCCCUUUAAGCCUGUCUGUCCCUUUAGUUUAUUGUCCGGUUUAAUUUGUGUUACGUGUGUUCGUGUUCCGUUCCUGUGGACUUAAUAUUCAGUUGUCGUGCGUCUUGUGGACAUUGCACAUUCUGUUACACUGAGCUACACUCCUUAUCUAUGCUGAAGAGAUUUCAGAGUUUAAAGCCCCCCUAAUCCAGAAAAUGCACUUUUAAAUGUUGUUUGAACAUAUCUGUGUCAGGGGUGUAUGUACAGAACCACCCUAGAAUGAUAAAAAUCCGCCCAUUCAUUUUUUUUAAAUCCCCAAUAAACCUCAACUGUCCUCUUGAAGGAGUUGUUGGCGUUCUCUCAGUAACCUGACGUCACAUUGAUUAAGCCCUGCCCAUUACUGCUGAUGGACUCUGCUGUCACCGCCCUCAUCGAGUUGUACACUGUCCGCCAUUGUUUUCACGCUGGACUACUUAAAGUGAGCUACAAGAAUGUUUUGUAAACUAACAAGGUGUUUUGUUGUUGGAUGCAAGACUGAACAUAAGUCUUCAUUUACUCCCGACAUCUGAGCCUCAUUAGUUUGAUUUCUCAACGGAAUGUGCAGAAGACAUCAGGUGAAGUCACUUUACACUGGGAUGCUUCACAAACGAAUAUGUCCAACAGCUCAUGACCACCAUGGUUUAUCCUGGAGAAGAGAGACUGGAGAAGCUGACGCAGGAGGAGAUCCUCUCCAGCACUAAACAGGUUAUCCAGGGUCUGGAAGCUCUGAAGAGUGAACACAACUCUAUCCUUCAGAGUCUGCUGGAGACCAUCCAGUGUUUGAACGAGGAUGAAGAGGCCAGCUCAGUUCAUGAGAAGUCUAACAUCCUCCGCCGGUCUGUGGAGAUGAUCGAGCUGGGUCUGGGUGAAGCGAAGGUGAUGAUGGCUCUGGCCAGUCAUCUGAGCGUGGCGGAGUCUGAGAAACAGAAGUUACGAGCUCAGGUGCGACGGCUCUGUCAGGAGAAUCAGUGGCUGAGAGAUGAACUGGCAAACACGCAGCAGAAACUCCAGAAGAGCGAACAGAAUGUUGCCCAGCUGGACGAGGAGAAGAAACAUCUAGAGUUUAUCAACCAACUCAAGAAAUAUGAUGACGGCGUCACUCCAGUGGACGAGAAAGCUAGUGAAACUCCAAAAGACACACUGGGCGAACUGUUUCCCAGUGAUGAAGAUGAGCAUGGCCCACACCAGCACAACAGUGCUGCGGUCACCGCCGCUCAGCAAGGCGGAUACGAGAUACCGGCCCGUCUCAGGACCCUUCAUAACCUGGUCAUUCAGUAUGCUUCUCAGGGCCGAUAUGAAGUGGCAGUGCCACUCUGUAAACAGGCUUUGGAGGAUCUGGAGAAAACCUCUGGACACGAUCAUCCUGAUGUAGCCACCAUGCUAAAUAUUUUGGCCCUGGUCUACAGGGACCAGAAUAAAUACAAGGAAGCCGCUCAUCUCCUGAAUGAUGCCCUGUCCAUCAGAGAAAAGACUCUCGGUAAAGAUCACCCAGCAGUGGCAGCAACCCUUAACAAUCUGGCGGUCCUGUACGGAAAAAGAGGAAAAUACAAGGAGGCAGAACCUAUGUGUAAAAGAGCGCUGGAGAUCAGAGAGAAGGUGUUGGGACGAGAGCAUCCAGACGUGGCCAAGCAACUGAAUAAUCUGGCUCUUCUCUGUCAGAAUCAAGGGAAAUAUGAGGAGGUUGAGUUUUAUUACUGCAGGGCUUUAGACAUCUAUGAGAAGAGACAUGGACACGAUGACCCUAAUGUAGCCAAGACCAAAAACAACCUGGCGUCGUGUUUUCUGAAACAGGGCAAGUACAAGGAAGCUGAGAUUCUGUAUAAAGAGAUCCUGACUCGAGCUCAUGAGAAGCACUUUGGCUCUGUCAAUGAUGAAAAUAAACCCAUCUGGAUGUAUGCUGAGGAGAGACAGGCGAGCAAAGGAAAGCUGACAGAUGGAAAUCAGUUUGGAGAAUAUGGUGGCUGGUAUAAGGCCACUAAGGUAAACAGUCCCACAGUAAACAGCACACUGAGGAAUCUUGCUGCUCUCUACCAUAAACAGGGUAAACUGGAAGCGGCUGAGAUCCUGGAGGAAUGUGCCAUGAGGUUCACCAAACAGGGAGCGUCAGUGGACGUUCAGAGAGAUGGAGACAGAAGGAAAAGCUCAUCUUCUCUCUCCAGCAUCAAGUAUGACUGCAGCGGUGAGGCCGGGGACGAGGGCAGUGUCGAGUGGAAUGCGGAUGGAACGCUGAGGCGAAGCGGCUCUUUUAUUAAACUCAGGGAAGUUCUUCGGAGGAGCAGUGAGAUUUUGGUGAAGAAAAUCCAAGGAACUAUGCCACCUGAACCUCGCAACACAAACAUGAAGCGGGCUGCGUCUCUUGGCUAUCUGAACAGCACACAGGAUGACUCAUUUCAGGGUUCAUUGAGAAACAGCAGAACUCUAAGCUCAAGCACGGUGGAGCUUUACAAAAACACAGAGAAAUAAAAGAACACCAAAUGCAUGUGAUUUAACAGCACCUAUGAAUCACACAAGCACCAGACACCUGUUUGUUUAACAAAGCUUUAAAUGUUUAGCAGAAAUUACAGUCCAAUCCAAGCAAACACUGGGUUAUUUUGUUUUUUUUAUUUAAAAGCAGCUGCCUAUCAAUAGAUCCACUGUGUGAAAUCAAUCUCGACUACUGAUUUGAGAACUGACUGACAGAGAUUUACAUUACAAAUCAGUCAUAUGAACUUCUUUUCUAAACACAACGUGUAACUUACCCUUCACCACAACACAAUAUAUCAUGUUGAAAACACUGGAAUGUCAUCAUGGCCAUUGGUUAAACUGUUUUGGGAAGGAUUAUGUGCAGAUUUGAAUUGUCACACAGAUGAUCGUCACAGAUUUCAUGGGGGUCUGAUAAUGAAAGAUUUUACAGGUGUUCGUUUUUGUAUGAGAUUCACCUGUUCAUUUUCUAUAUUCAUUUAUAACUUGUGAUUGUUUGUCAUUUAUCAUUUCUACUUCUGUUUGAAAUGAAGCCCUUUUUAAUUUCAAAUGUAGGCUAUAUUGUGCAUUAACAUCUCAAAUAUAUAUGGAAUAUGUCAAUUUACUUUGUGGAUUAUUUCUACCUUUAUUAGAAAAAUGAAUCGCUGGGCAAUUACUAGACACUUUUAUUUGUCUCUUGAUUGUUUGUUCACUUGAAAUAAAACAUAUGAGUACAAUGAUUAAAUCUGCAUUUCAAUGUGUUUUGCUUUUGUUUUCAAACGGGAAUAUAUAUGUGAAA